UUUAGAAUUAAGUUCUAUCAAUAUUUGUAGAGGAAAUAAAGAAGGUUGUUGCAGAAAUAUUGACCUCCUUGUUUAAUCAAGAUUGUAUAAACAGAGAUCUAUCUGAUGAACCUGAAGUCUGUCCCGUCUCUAGCUCUCUACCGGGGAUGGGAAAAGAUGCUAAAAUCAUCCAGGACUCCAAGUAUGAUGGGUUUGGUAACUCUCCCAUAUAUAAAACUGAUAUUACUGAUACUAUUAGAAAUGUAGUAGAGCAGGUUUUGAAUACUCCGGAUCCCAGGUUGGAGAGGCUAGAGGCUUGUCUCAAGAGUUCGAGGGGGAAAUAUCAGGCUGCCAGAGUUGAUCUAGAGCUGAGUGAAAUACAUGAAGAUCAAACUAGAACUAGACAAGAACCUAGAAAACAUAUUCCAGGACGGGCUGGUGGAGGUUGGGAGGACGAGGACAGCGAGGACGAAUUUGUAGAAUUUGGCGGCCUCUGCCUUGAGUCUAAGGACGAGGACGAUAAACUCGGCCUGAUCACUGCAACGGACGAAUUUGUUAAAAUCCGCCAAUUUUGCAUGGACGAACCUCUUCCUGUUGAUCUCGAUAUUCUUAACUCUCUGGUUCAAGAGUUAAAGAUGAGUGAGAAGUUGAAUAUUCUUUUCUCUCUCAAACACGUUCUCGAAACCGAGUCGGACGAAAAUAUUCUCCGGGCUCUACUCUUGACAGAGAAGAUUCUCGAGCAGGGUUUGAUCACCGCCAACGUGCUGCUUACAGUGCUCAAGACCAACCUGGAGUUGCGUAAGGUUGAUGAAAACCGGAAAAUAUCGGUGAAAAGUUCUAAAAUUUUGGCAACAUUAGAAUAUCUUCUCUCUCCUUGGCUAGUUUAUUCUGGGCCUAAACUACUCUACCUCCAUCUUCCUAUCCUACCCCUGGAUCUAAACCUUGGAUACCUCCUCUCUCCCUGGCUAGUUUAUUCUGGGCAUAAACUCCAUUUUCCUAUCCUACCCCUGGAUCUCAUGUAUUCGCCAAACUCGAAUACAAGAUUUUUCCUUAUUUUUGCUACCAGCGCUUAGUAUGCCCUGCUGGCGCCUAGUAUGUCCUGCUGGCGCCUAGUAUGUUCUGCUAUAGUGUCUAUUAUGCCGUUGGCGCCUAGUCUGAUUCAAUCCUCAAAAUUUUAUCGUUUAUUGAAACUGUUUCAGAAA